CAGCGCGCAGGCGCAGAGAGUGAGCCAAGAUGGCGGCGCCCGUGGAUCUGGAGUUGAAGAAGGCCUUCACAGAGCUUCAAGCCAAAGUUAUUGACACUCAACAAAAGGUGAAGCUUGCAGACAUACAGAUUGAACAGCUAAACAGAACGAAAAAGCAUGCCCAUCUUACAGACACCGAGAUUAUGACUUUGGUAGAUGAGACUAACAUGUAUGAAGGUGUAGGAAGAAUGUUUAUUCUUCAGUCCAAGGAAGUAAUUCAUAAUCAGCUGUUAGAGAAACAGAAAAUAGCAGAAGAAAAAAUUAAAGAAUUGGAACAGAAAAAAUCCUACCUGGAGCGCAGUGUGAAGGAGGCUGAGGACAACAUCAGGGAGAUGCUGAUGGCACGAAGGGCACAGUAGGACUCCUCAAGGGGGAACUUCCCCUGACCCCUCCCAUUCCUGCAAGGACAAGGGGCUUGUGCAGGGAAAGGGCCUCUGCUUUACCCUGAUGGACAUUUUAUCUGGAGACUCUGCUAACCCUGUUUUCUACAUCACCCUGCGCCCCUAAAAAUCCCAACCCUGUAUUUUUUAUCCUAGCUCUGCCUGCUACCGCUGCUGAAGACACUCCUCUCCCCUGGGGGUGGGUCAUGAACUCCCAGGAGAGAGGUGAAGGGAGCUAGGACUGGUAGGGGUGCUCUGCCCACAGCCCCUCCUAGCCGUGCUGGUCAGACAAAUAAAAGGCACCUGGGCCGCUCUGUUAAGUUGCUUUUCUUGAGCUGAGGGGUGAGAACAGAGAGGCAGAGGCUACCUCUCCCUCAGCUCCUCCCUGUCCCUCUCUGGGGCUGUGGCCCUGAUCCUUCUGCAUCGAAGCCUUCCCCUCUUCUCUUUCCCCUUUUGAGAACAUUCGAGUAAACCCCUUAAGCUCACAGCCGCCAUGGAAUGUGCAGAUACGAGACAAAGGAGACCAGAGCAUAGCUGACUUUAAGUGAGCAGGACAGCAGUUCCUCAGUGGCAGCCUGCCUAGAGAUUCCUGCUUCCUCCCCAACCUUCCAAAAGGAAAUUUAGUAAUAAACCAGCAGCGCCUCUAAGACUGUCUCCCUUUGGUCAAUGUCAUAAGGUGGACGCUACAAUCCUGAGGCUUCCUAGAGGCUUGGGGGAAGUGGUGUCUUGGAGCUGGCUUACAUUAGCUCGGGGGAAUUAUUCAAUCUUUAGGAAUUUUGUUGCAAGCCAUUUGUUAAACACAGCCAUUAUUAAAAAUUAAUAAUUUAAUUGUAAAGCUACAUACUUUAAAGACCAAGGGUAAUAAAUAUUUAGAACAUACCCCCUCUUAGUAACUAAA